GUUCCCCGCCUCUGGCCCAGAGCCAGUUGGGAUGGGCGCCAGCACGCCCGCGACCCGCGUGAGGAGAAGCGGUAUGGAAAAUGGAUGAUGAUAAUCAUGAUCAUUGCAGAACCGUCAUAUAGCGUGGGAUUACACGCUGCCGUGGAGUGAACUUUGCUUCGGGACGGCAGGACGAUGAUAACGCAGAAAACUUCUCGCCGACUGAACAACACGCAACACUUUGACAAACAAGAUGGCCGCCAGGAAGCGUUGUGCUUUUUCCUCCCUCGAGGUGAUGCUGUCAAUCCUCUUUGUCGCCCUGACGACCGUCAGCAUUACUCUGAUCGCCGUGACGAUCACGCACUCCGCAAACACCUGUUCCGGACUGACUCCGCCCCCCGAUCAAGAACCGCCUUUCCUGAUUGGUGUAGGCCGCGCUGACUGUACCGGACCCCCUGCGGAACUUCCUCUGAUGGGGUAUGCUAACCCUCAGCAAACGGCUGCGGGUAUCCACACCCGUUUGUUCAGUCGUGCCUUCAUCAUCGACGACGGCCGCCGUAGAGUCGUCUUCGUCACCGUGGACAUGGGAAUGAUCUCGCAGAGGCUCAGAUUGGAGGUCCUGAAGGCCCUUCGAGUGAAAUACGGCGAGCGGUACCGGCAGGACAACGUGGUCCUGAGCGGGACGCACACGCACUCGGGCCCGGCCGGUUACUUCCAGUACACGCUUUUCAUGAUUAGCAGCAAAGGUUACCUCAGGUCGUCCAUCCAGCCGCUGGUCAGAGGCAUCGUCAAAAGUAUAGACAGAGCCCACGGCAGCGUGCGGCCGGGACGGAUCUACAAGAACCGAGGACGUCUGGAUGCCAGCAGCGUCAACAGAAGUCCCCACUCCUACCGCAACAACCCUCGGGAUGAGCGAAUCAAGUACGACGACGACGUGGACAAGGACGUGGUGCUUCUCAAGUUCACCGACAUGGACGGAGACGGCAUUGGCCUGCUCAGCUGGUUCGCAGUGCACGCGGUCAGCAUGAAGACGACCAAUCGUCUGGUGAGCAGCGACAACGUGGGUUACGCCGCGUACCUGAUGGAGAACCACAAAAACCCCACGGCGCUACCUGGACAGGCAGCUUUCGUGGCUGCUUUCUCCUCCAGUAACCUCGGCGACGUGAGUCCAAACAUUCAAGGUCCUCACUGCGUCAACUCUGGAUUGGCUUGCGACUACUUGAACAGCUCGUGCCCUGACGGAGGGACUAAGGAGUGUCAGGCGUUUGGACCCGGUGAAGACAUGUUUGACAGCACCAGAAUCAUCGGACUCAACAUCUACAGGAAGGCCAGGGAACUUUAUUCUAACGCAGUGGAGGAAGUGACGGGCUUCGUCCGUUCGGCUCAUCAGUGGGUCAACAUGACGGACGUUGCUGUUCGCGUCAACCACACGCACGUGGCGAGUACGUGUAAACCGGCGCUGGGCCACAGUUUUGCGGCAGGAACCACAGAUGGAGGAGGAGACCUCAACUUCACCCAAGGCGCCGUGGAGGGCGACCCAUUUUGGGACGGUAUCCGAGACGCCCUCCUUGGUCAACCGUCCAAUCAGACGCAGGAAUGCCACCGGCCCAAACCGAUCCUGUUCAGCACGGGAGAGAUGAAUUGGCCGUUGCCAUGGCACCCAGAGAUCAUUGACGUUCAGAUCCUCACAGUUGGGUCUGUAGCAGUUGUCGCUGUUCCCGGAGAGAUGACCACCAUGGCAGGCCGGAGGUUAAGAGAAGCCGUUCAACGGGAGCUUCAGUCGGAGGGGGCGUUCUCGGACGUGGAUGUGGUGAUUGCAGGCCUGAGCAACGUAUACACGCACUACAUUACCACCUAUGAGGAGUACCAGGUUCAGAGGUACGAAGGCGCGUCCACCAUCUUCGGUCCGCACACGCUCAGCGCGUACGUCCUCAAAUUCGGCGACCUGGCACGCGCCAUCGCUCAGGACAAAGUCGGGUCCGUCCCGCCGGGUCCGCCUCCUCCGUUCUUCCAGAAGAAUCUUUUCAACCUGUUACCUGCGGCGUCAGUGGACAGUAAACCGGACAACAGCACUUUUGGAGAAGUCCUAGUGCAGGUCCUUCCCGUCUACAGACAGGGUGACGUGGUGUCCGUCACCUUUGUGGCAGGAAACCCCAGACACUCGGGAGACGUGAGAGAUCGAAGCUUUGUUGCCGUGGAGAUGCACGACAACACCAGCGACUCCUGGACGCUGGUCCACACCGACGCGUCCUGGGAGACCAGGUUCCGCUGGCUCAAAGGUCCCGAGCGCCGGAGCAACGCCACGGUGGAGUGGCACAUCCCCGCCGACGCCGCCGUCGCGUCCUACAGGAUCAGACACUUUGGCCACUACAAGAGCAUGAAAGGCCUGCGACCGGUCGUCGCACCCUACCAGGGCACGUCCGACGUCUUUCGGGUCAGCGCCGGUUUUUAUUACCGGUGACCUUUGACCGCUUGUACUUCCACCAGUCUUUGGAUUCAGGUCAUGUUACUUCCUGACUUUGUAAUUUGUUUUGAGUUGGCAAUCAGCCCCCCGGCUCACUGUUGCGCCCACAAGCUUCGGUGUUUUGGCCUUUCCUGCUUGGAAAUUGAGUAUUGUUGUGUUGGCAUAUCGUUAGGGUGUCGUUUUUGGGUUGUGUUUCUGCAUUGUGGUCAUUACCUUUGCCCAAAACGUGAGCCAUUUAUUAUUUAGUAAUUGUGUAAUAAUAAUCAUCAGAAUCGUAAUUUUAAUAAAAAUCCUCAGUUUAAUAUUCAA